AUGCUCGUCCCUUCAGCUGUUGUUGGCCUUGUUCUCGGCCUUUCUCAGAUACUUGGCGUUGCUGCUUCUCCAGUCCAGAAUGGCACCUCUUCCGAUCCCUCAUUCGACAACAGUCGCAUCAUCAACUAUCAUGACAAGCUCUUGUUGUCGCGUAUCGACAAGUACUUUGUAGCUUUUACCACUGGCGAUUACGACGCAAUGAACGAGAUGGAGGCCGAUGACUUCCAUAUCACUGAUAUCCCUCUUGCUAUUGUCAGGUCACCCAAAGCAGCUUGGUACCAGCAGAACAAGGGGUUUAGCUCUCUCAUGACGGAUGUUAGAGUCCAGGCCAUUUCCAUUGCGGGCAGUUCUGCACCUGACUCAUUCGCGGCCAUGGAGAAUGUGAUUUGGUUCACAUUGGCGGUUGACCCUCCGGAGGCAGCCAAGCCCGGCCUUCCCCCUGGAAUCAAGAAGGGCGACACAUCGGGUAUGAUCAUGAUGUCUGUGAUAUGGUGGAAUGAGGAAGGAAAGAUCUAUCGCGAGCUGGAGUACGGGAGGCUGCUAUAUCCGGACUUUGAUAUCGAUGCCUACAAGGUGUGGUAA